UUUUGAAAGGAACUGACAGUGGCUAACUUCACAGUGCGGUGGGCCUUUCCCAUCAAUGACUGGUUAGCAACUUCAACUGGGGAAGGGAUUAGUUAGCUAACGCUAAGUGGAAUAUUUUGGCACCGUAGACUCAGUUACCAGAAGAAAUCUUUUAAGUUAUGAAUGGACUGCAGUAGCAGUGUAUCAUCAAGGAUGUGUUAGCGCUCACUUUAAUGAGCCAGAUUUUGCCUCUCGUUUCCAAACACAUCAUGUUUUGUUAACUAGGAUAUCUAUCGCUAGCCGUUUAGGCACAAGCUAGAUUAGCUAGCUAGCUAGAUUUGCAAGCACGCCAGCAUCAGCGUUAACGUACUAGCUUGUUAGAUCCCGUCGUGGAAAACCUUGGAAUUGUCUCAGGUUCAUCUACAUGGUAAGGAUGAUAUUUUCAGGCGUUGAAAAUAAAACCCUCUGAACUCGUGCACGAAGGUCAAAAUUCAUCCCACAGUUUCCACUUUGUCCAGGUGUAGUGGGAAGGUGUUGAACAUUCACCUGACAUUGCCCAAAGUGGGCCUGGCCCUACACCAGCUGCACGCCUGUCAAAGCUCCGUUCGUUUGACUCCACUCCUACAAUGAACGAAGUCAGCAUCGUAAAGGAAGGCUGGCUUCACAAGAGGGGAGAGUACAUAAAGACAUGGAGGCCAAGGUACUUCAUCUUAAAGAGUGACGGCUCUUUUAUCGGCUACAAAGAGCGACCAGAGUUGACUGACCAAAGCUUACCCCCUCUAAACAACUUCUCUGUGGCAGAAUGUCAGCUCAUGAAAACGGAGCGACCGCGGCCCAACACUUUCGUCAUUCGCUGCUUGCAGUGGACCACUGUCAUCGAACGCACAUUUCACGUGGAAAGUCCAGAGGAGAGGGAAGAAUGGAUCUCUGCCAUACAAGCAGUGGCCAGUGGCCUUAAGACACAGGAAGAGGAUGAGCCCAUGGACAUAAAGUAUGGCUCUCCCAGUAACUGCACUGGGAUGGAAGAGAUGGAGGUCACCAUGGCCAAGUCUCGCUCCAAAGUGACAAUGAGUGACUUUGAUUAUCUGAAACUGCUGGGGAAAGGCACUUUCGGGAAGGUGAUUUUGGUCAAAGAGAAGGCCACUGGCAUGUACUAUGCCAUGAAGAUCUUGCGGAAAGAAGUCAUCAUCGCUAAGGAUGAGGUGGCUCACACUGUGACUGAGAGUCGAGUACUGCAGAACACAAGGCAUCCAUUCCUCACUACACUUAAAUACGCCUUUCAAACCCCUGAUCGAUUAUGUUUUGUGAUGGAGUAUGCCAAUGGAGGAGAGCUGUUUUUCCACCUGUCCCGGGACCGUGUAUUCCCUGAAGACAGAGCCCGUUUUUAUGGGGCGGAGAUAGUGUCUGCACUGGAGUACCUCCAUUCUCGCAAUGUAGUCUACAGGGACCUAAAGCUGGAGAACCUCAUGCUGGACAAAGACGGUCACAUUAAGAUCACUGACUUUGGCUUGUGUAAAGAGGGCAUCACCAAUGAGGCCACCAUGAAGACCUUCUGUGGCACUCCUGAAUACCUCGCUCCGGAGGUACUGGAGGAUAAUGACUACGGCCGGGCGGUGGACUGGUGGGGACUGGGAGUCGUAAUGUAUGAAAUGAUGUGCGGACGCUUGCCUUUCUAUAACCAGGACCACGAGCGACUCUUUGAGCUUAUUCUGAUGGAGGAGAUCCGCUUCCCUCGCAACCUGUCUCCUGACGCUAAGUCUCUUCUCGCCGGCCUGCUCAAGAAAGACCCAAAGCAGAGAUUGGGAGGAGGUCCCGACGAUGCCAAAGACGUAAAGGCCCACAAGUUUUUCACCAACAUCAACUGGCAGGAUGUCGUGCAAAAGAAGUUGACCCCGCCUUUUCAGCCCCAGGUUACGUCAGAGACAGACACCCGUUACUUUGACGACGAGUUCACAGCACAGACCAUCACGAUCACACCACCAGACAAAUAUGGUAGUCUGGACUGUGAGGAAUCUGAUCACUUUCCUCAGUUCUCUUACGUACGCGAGUGAUACUGUUCCUCACUCACGCACAGCUCUAUGCAUCCACAUUGUAUGUGUGUGUGUGUGUGUGUGUGUGUGUGUAUGUAUGUAUGUAUGUAUGUGUGUGUGUGUGCAUGUGCGUGUGUGUGUGUGGGAUGCAGACAAAACACCAGCUCUAAAGAGAUGCACAAUCAACAUAACGAGAGUCAGGGAACACCACACACCGACGUAACAACCGACAAGUGCUGGCUUUGCUGGUUAUCAUCACAGUGCCCUUGAUGUUCUGAUUUCUCAGACAUACGAAAAAAAACAGCGCGUACUGAACCGCUGCACCUCAACUUGUCAAUGCAAUGUCAAACGCCUACCCAGAUCCACAAGGGCUCUGCCGGACAUGUAAAAGGAAAAAAAAAAAAAAAAGAAAACAAAGAAAGAAAAAAAAAAAAAAGACAUGCUGUAUUAAUCACUUAAGCCUGAGCUCAUUCUGUCAUGGCAACACAAAAGGAAUAUACCUUUACUGCCUGUCUGUCAAAAACAAACAAACAAAAAAAAAAGAAACACAAUUUUUUUUUUUUUUUGAAAAGAAAAUAUAUAUAUAUUGUUUUUCCAUUCUUUACUGUUUUUAUGGUUUUACAGAAGCCAUAGCUCUGUGAUUAUUAUUAUUUUUAAAAAAAAAUUUAAUUCAAGUGUUCUUAUUGGAUUUUUUUUUUUAAACUGUUACCAAUCAUUGUAAAGUAGUUCUCCCCCCUGGGGAAUCUGGAGAGAAAAAAAAUGUCAGGUGAACAUCUCUCUCUCCCGUUGUUUUUCCUUUCCCUCACACAUUGAAAGAGGUUGUGAAGCAGGAAUCCAGGGGAAGCAAAAAUGAAUGUAAUGAAAAAAAAAAAAAAAAAAAAAAUCCCAGCAUGCGUUUGUGUGACCACAGACAUCCUUUUAUGUCUUUUAUUAUGACAUUUUUCAUUUCAUUGAUAAAUCAGGAAGGAGGAAUAUUAAACCUUAUUAUAAAACAGGAACAGUGUUUUUUAGCCUUAAAGUUGUACUCAGAUAUGGACACGCACGCGGGGAGAAAUCAACCCUGAUGCUGUUGGCCGUUUUUUUUUUUUUGUUUGUUUGUUUGUUUGUUAUUUUGUGUUUUCGUUCCUUUCAUUGUUUUUCCGUUUUCGUCAGUGGUGUAAAGAGAUAAGACAACAAAAGAAUAAUCACUUGGUGCAGCUGUAAUGAUUUUGAACAUCACAAGAAAAUCACAAAGCAGCAGCGUGUUAAGCAACCAGUCUUGUAAUAGCAAUUAUUUUUUUUGUUCAUCUCAACCCGGUCAUUUCUCCCUCGGAGGACGCAAAACAAAACAAAAACAAAAAAAAAGAUGAGCACAAGAGAGCUGCAAUGCAAACUGCACUGUGGUCUGUGAAAUUAGCUGAUGUCAGUCUUAUUGUACCAGCCAACACUACAUGUUUGAUGUUCAGAAGGAAACCGAGUUGAAAAUACUAUUGACUGAGAACCAGCUGUACUGAAGUCCUCAGCACAUGCAGAAAUGAAUAGCUUGUAUUGGGCAAGUGACACAGCCAAUGGUUUGAGCAGGGAACGUGACUGUUCAUUGGCUGACAAAUUUGACAUGUGAUUUUGGCUUCUGUAAACCUGGCCUUUUUUGUUGUUAAUGUUGAAUUAAACUGGACUUUCCUAUAUUUUAUAAUGUUCUGAGAGGAAAGUCGUUUUGAUUCUUUGAUGCCUUUCUUCCCCUUCCCCAACUUUACCUUCAACAUUUGAGGACUCUCAUCUUAAGAGAAUUCACACAAUAUAUAUAAAAUAAAAGCU